AUGAAGGUCCUCCUCCUUGACGGCGGCCUCGGAACAACACUCGAGUCUCCCCCUUUCAACAUCACUUUCACGUCCGAAACCCCUCUCUGGUCCUCGCACCUCCUGAUCUCUUCGCCCUCCACCCUCCAAUCCGCUCACCGCGCCUUCCUCAAUGCCGGAGCAGACAUUCUGCUCACAGCGACCUACCAAUCCAGCAUCGAAGGUUUCGCAAAGACAAACGCGAGUCACACGAUCAGCGAUGCGGAACAGUACCUGCGGUCUUCUAUUCCGCUCGUCCGAGGCGUGAUUGCUGAAUCUGCGGGGCAACGUCCACAGCCGUGCCGUGUUGCGCUGUCACUUGGCCCCUAUGGUGCGACCAUGACCCCUGUUGCGGCAGAAUACACGGGGGUAUACCCAGCCGAUAUGGACCGGGAGGAAGCAUUGAGACAAUGGCAUACGCGACGGCUGGGUGUGUUUGCUGACGAUCGUGAAUCGUGGGACCAGCUGGACUAUGUUGCUUUUGAGACACUCGUGAGGACAGACGAAGUUUGCGCCGUGCGUGGAGCAAUGGCGGAGGUUUGUGUGGGACGUGAUCUGCAAAGCAAGCGAAAGCCUUGGUGGAUAUGCGGUGUCUUUCCUGCCGAGGAAGUGAAUGAAACAGAGGUCAGACAAUGGGUUAAUGCGGCGGUUGGACAGCGCCCUGACGGGCUGCCGCUGCCACGACCAUGGGGUAUUGGCUUGAACUGUACGCGGAUCGAGAACGUCGCAAGGAUUGUUUCGAUCAUGCGGGAUGAGUUGCAUCGCUUGCUGGGCAAGGAAGAUGGCUUCGCGGAUGAGUGGGACGCUCCUUCGGGUAAACCAUGGCUAGUCUUGUAUCCGGAUGGCACGAAGGGCGAAAAGUACGACCCUGUCACCAAGACAUGGGUCGCGGGCGAAUCGGUUGUGCAAUGCUCGUGGGAUGAGAGCUUCUGGGACGUGGUACAGAAGCAGUCAGAAGGGGACUGGGAGGGAAUCAUUGUCGGAGGGUGCUGUCGCGCCGGACCGGCUGAUAUCGCAGCAUUGCGCCGGAGAAUUGAUGGUAAUUGA